CAAUGUAAAUGAGUAAUUUCUUUUGCCUUUGAUUUUGUAAGUCUUGCUCUUUGGCUGUUUGGCAUAUUUCUCUUCAGUUUUUUUUUAUGUUCUUUCUAAUAUAGUUUUCUGUCAACAUAAGUUUGUGGCUAACUGAUUGAAAUGCUUCAAUGUGGAUAUUUGUCAGCUCUCUCCUUUUUUUUUUGAUUAAAAAAGGAUGCAAUUAAUGAAAUGAAAACAUAUCUGUUGCCUUGAUCUGUGUAGUCAUUUUAUAUUACAGGUGUUGCUCUCAUGGAUAUUAUAGAUUCAAAGAACAGAAAAUUCCUUAUUCUGUAUUUUUGGUUAUACUUACUUUGUAAUAUUUCACAUUUUGGCAACAACUUUUGUUGGUUUUGUUAUCAACUUAUUAUGCUAACUGUUGUUUCAUUUACAUGAUUUCACUUAGAACGUGGUUUUGAAUGUAGCUAAAACGUGUGUCCUUUUCAUGAUUUUGAGGCUUGGAUGUAAUACGAUGGACGAUGGCAGACACCAUGAAACUAGCAGACAUAAGGUGGACUAUUACAGAGCCUCGCACUCUCCGUGGAAUAUGAUGGCCCCGCAUCAAGUGAAGGAACCAAAUGCUUUAGUCAUGAAUAAGAAGAUCAUGUCCAUAAUUGCUGAGAGGGAUGCUGCCAUACGAGAGAGGAAUGCAGCAGUGUCUGAAAAGAAUGAAGCAUUGGCUGAAAGGGAUGAGGCUCGCCGGCAGCGAGAUGAGGUAAUGGCUCAGAGGGACUCAGCCUUAAUGGAAAGAGACAAUGCCCUUGCAGCCCUUCAAGUUCGGAAUAAUUCCAUGAAUGCAACACUGAGUGGCGGAGUUCAACGUGGAGUGAAGCGCACGAACCACCCAUCAGUUCAUAUGCCUAACAUGGCUUUAGCUACUUAUGACUCAAAGGAUACUUAUGACUCAAAGGAAAUGCAGAUAACUGAUGCCUUCCCCAUUACAGUUAUAUCUUCUGAUGCGAUCAAGUCACGUCAGACAAAGCGACCAAAGGUGAACAAGGGACAUUCAUCCAGGGAGUCAAAGCCACCGCGAAAGAAAGUAGCGGAGGAUCUGAAUAGGCGUGCUACUUCUGAUGGCACGAAGUAUAGAACAGAGUGGGAUAGUCAGGAUGUGGGCUUGAACCUCAUCACUUUUGAUGAGUCUACCAUGCCAGUGCCAGUUUGCUCAUGCACUGGUGCUGCCCGGCAGUGUUACAAAUGGGGGAGUGGUGGAUGGCAGUCAUCAUGUUGCACAACAAAUAUGUCAAUGUACCCUCUGCCACAAAUACCAAAUAAGCGGCACGCAAGAAUGGGUGGGCGAAAGAUGAGUGGAAGUGUUUUCACAAGAUUGCUUAGUCGGCUAGCGGCACAAGGUCAUGAUUUAUCAAUGCCACUGGAUUUAAGGGAAUACUGGGCCCGACAUGGGACAAAUCGAUAUAUUACAAUUAAAUAGCUUGAGAAAAAUCAUUUGGGAGAAUUGAUUUUCGGUUUGAGCGGCUUACUUUUCUUUUACUCUACUCCUUGAAUUUCAACUAAUUUCUUCUUACCAGAUUUAGCUGAACUGAAUGAAGGGAAAAGAGCUUCUUGAUAAGGUAGUUUUUCAACAUCUCUUGUUGGCUCAGACUGUUUUGUGAUUAAACUCAGGAUUUCUAUGCACAAUGAGAGAGACUUUUGUAAAGUACAAUACCUUGUAGGCGCGGUAGUGACGUGGCAGUCUAGCUGGCUCUUUCCUCUAUGAACAUGGUAAAGCUCGAAUCGACUUUGAUUCUUCAGAAGAAUUGUGAGAUUUUCUUCCGACCCUUUUCAUUUCAUAAAAGCAGGAGAUAAAUUUUCUGGCUGAAGGCUGCUGCCAUGACUGUAGGUAGCCAUGUUUCCUGAGAAAUUGGGAGGAAACAUUGAGAUGUAAUGUCUAUAAAGACUUUUAGUUGAUCAUCUGAUUAGUGAAAUUUCUUGAUUGUAGCUGUUGCUAGUUUCUCACUUUGAACCAAAACAAUUAGAUUAUGUUGCCUAGUUUUAAGUAACUUAAAUUUCCAUGUGCAGCCCUCUUGUUGAAGAAUGUUUAUCAAGUUACAGGCGUGAA